CAGAACUUGAAGUCUUCUGCAGGGGCGCCGAAUGUCGUUUCUACUGAGAAUCAGAAUACUUUGGUGAAGGAGGCGUGUCAUAGGACGCACAGAAAGGGUUGACGACAAGACGUUGGAGCUUUGACAGUAGACCUUUAGUCCCCAAGUUCAUGCUUUUGCGACAAUGGCUGCUGAUGCGCACGUCGCUCCGGCUCGCUUCACCACACGGGCAAUGCCUGAGCUAUUUCAGGGGCAAGACAGCCGGCCUCUGACGUUCUCAUGGCUUUCUGCCGAGAACUUCGUCAAGGAGACGCUUCAAGCUGGUGCGCUUGCUCACCUAAGCACGCCCCCUUUGCACCGUUCCGGAGGUUUAAGGAGCGCGAGGUUUGAGGUGGACAAAGUUUCGGGAAGGAGGGGGUUGAGGUUCCUGCUUGGAAGCCCUCCAAUGGGGUCUGGAAACUUAGCAUUCCAGACUGAAGUUUGUACAGCAGAACCACUGGCCACAGAACCUGGCACUGAGUGUCCCUUCAAACCAGUUCCUGACAACAGUCCUGUGCGCCGCUCUUUAGCUAACCGCGCGGCAAAGCAAACACCAGAGAAACGGUGGAGCAGGCACUCAGAGCGGCACUUUGUGAACAAAAAUGGCCACCGGAUAUACACGCAGCAGUGGACACCGGACGGGACACCAAUGAAGGCCGCUGUCGUUGUCUUCCAUGGUCUGAACGAGCACAGUGGCAGAUACAAGCACCUAGCACGACAGCUGACGAAGCAAGGUUACGGGGUCUUUGGCAUGGAUUGGUAUGGUCAUGGACGAAGCGACGGGCUACAUGGUUUCGUUGACCGCCUCGAUAACACAGUCCAGGACGCCGGAGCCUAUCUGAAGAUGGUGAAGCGGCUGAAUCCAGGGGUGCCGUGCUUCGUGUACGGGCACUCCACUGGUGCAGCUAUUGCGCUCAAGGCUACGCAAACUUCCCCCCGGAGCGAGCUCGCCGGUCUCGUUCUCACCGCCCCCGCUAUCGCAAUCCAGCCACCUCAUCCAGUCCUUGCUACUCUGCUGCCGUUCUUCUCCGAGGUCGUCCCCACGCUCCAGGUUGAGGCCGCCAACCGGUCGGACAUCAAAAACUCCCGGGAUCCAGCCUCUCUUCUCGACAAGUACAGCGAUCCCCUGGUUUACACAGGCAGUAUACGCGUGCGCACCGGCAGUGAAGUCCUCAGGAUUGCUUCGGACGUCCGGCAGAACCUGCACCGCGUCCGGCACCCCUUCUUCGUAUGCCACGGGACGGGCGACCGGGUGACGCUCCCCGAGGGUUCCCACGAGCUGUUCCGGCGGGCCCCGGUCGCCCAGAAGAAGCUCAAGCUGUACCCCGGGUGCUUGCACGACCUGCUGCUGGAGCCCGAGAAAGACGAGCUCGUGCGAGACGUUGUAAGCUGGAUGGACGGGCGGUUAAAUGAGGGGGAAAAUGGCGAGGAGGAGUUGAGUGUGAGUGGAAGACGAGAGGAGAAGAGUGUGAGGGGUGGAAGCGUUGGGCUGGAAAUGGUGGAGCGCUGCUGAUUGGGUUGCCGCGGAGUCGAUUGUGAGGGGAUACGCAAGCAAGCACUUGUUACCUAGGAGGUGGAUGUCCAAUUUUGUCCGCUCUGGAAAGGUACAAGGUAUGCUGCUUGCUCCAGAGCGGGCUGAAUUGAUUUUUGACGCACAGUGGCUACCAGAAGCCAUAUAGUCCUUGGGGUGAGGAAAGCCCAGGAUCUGCUGCUAGGCUCGUAGGCUUGUAGCUAGGAGCCCACAAGGCAAUUGAGGUCCCCGAACAAAUAUAGCAGCGUAAUUGGCGAGGGGUUUACAUUAGAUUGUAACAAUGAUAAGACCGAGUAGGAGGUUGACGAGAAUUGGAAUCGAGCCGCCUGUGCUACAUAAAGGGCGCGGCUGGUGUGUAACAGUACGGUACUUGCCCUCUGAUAAGUGUCAGGAGAUUGCGAUGAAUUAGCGACUGUCAUGUGUAAGGACAACAGAGCAAUUUUAACCAGUCUGUCCAUGUAAUGUAGCCUCGAACAUGCGAUUUUUGCAGUCUAGCUGACCGCGUGGCUGUCUAGAGUAUACUUCAAAACGUUCCAAUUAAUCAGCCGCUGAGCAGAAAAACCCGGCAGUGACAGUACUAGACUGUGUUUUAUGUGUGUGACAUCGAG